AUUCUGGUUUAAAAAGGUAAAGAGAGUUACCCUGUGUAGUACCCGUUGAUUUAUUUUACUUUAUUUUAGUUUAAACUGAGGAGAAACAGCCGGAGAGAAGCAGCAGCAGCAGCAGCAGAUUUAGCCCGAGUGAAAGGAGAGACUGAACGGAGGAUUACCUGCUGUCAAAGAUGUCUGAUGAGGAAUAUGAAAAAAUUGGAAAUGAAGAUUUAACCAGCCUUUUCAAGGAGAUCAAUAUGCUCAAGAAGCAGCAUGACAACCUGCUGAGGGAACAGAGGAUGCUGUCUGAGGGCAGGGACAGUAACAUCAGGUUUACUCAGGAGUUCAAGCAGCGAGCUGUGAAAAUGAAGAAGAACCUGGACGAGGAGGAGAAGAAGAAUGAGGACGCAGUGAAGAAGGAGCAGGAGAAGCUAGAAGGUAUAAAGCAGGAGAACCGAAAGCUGAAAGAGGAAAUCUGGAGUAUGGAACAGAAAUUGAGGACUAUGGACGAAGACAAUAAGAGCCUGAGGCAACAGACUGAGGUGUCCACUGCAGUGCCGGAGAAGAAGGUAGUAUUUAAUGGAGAUGUGGCAAAUGGAGCUCAUGCUUUGAGCUUUGACAUGAAACCCCGUAUCGUGUUCCCAAUGGAGGGAGGAACUGCGCUCAUCACCUUCGAGGAAGAAGAAGUGGCUGAAAAGAUCCUGGCUCUUAGGGAACAUGUGGUGGCUCUGGGGGAUUGCUCUAUUGCAGUGCAGGCCGAGCCGGUGCGCUUCCUGGUACCUGUUGGAGUGGAGAUGGACACUCAGGUGUGCCCGCAGCGUAUCCUCGUUUCCGACCUGCCGAAAAAGAUGAGUGUGGAAAAGAUCCUGGACAAACUGGAGAUCCACUUCUCCAAGGGUAGGAACGGAGGAGGGGAGGUGGAGGACAUAGAUAUGCUGGAGGAUUCGGGAAACGUGGUCGUCGCCUUCGUAGACAGCACCAUUGCUAAAGGCCUCACAGAUAAACAGAUCCAUGAGGUGGAGAUAGAAAAAGGCAAGAAACACAAAGUGAAGGUGACUCCCUUCCUCAAUGGCAGCAUCACACUUCUCAAGACCUGUAACAUAACCUGCAAGAAGACGGUGCUGCUGACAGGAAUCCCCGACAUCAUGGAACAGGACAACCUGCAGGACCAGCUGGAGAUCCACUUCCAGAAAACAAACAACAGUGGAGGAGAAGUGGAUGCAAUCAUCUACAACCCUCAGGGCAGGAAGACUCUGGCUCUGUUUGAAGAAGAUGCUCCUAAAGACGAGUAGGACCAGUGAUAAGAAGGUCUGACUUUAGCCAAACUGUGACAACCUAUAUAUAUGCUGAUCUUUAUGAAAGGCUGGAAGUCUUCAAUCCUGUUGAAUUUUGAAUUAUAUUGCCCAAAAUCAUUAUUUCUCCUCAUAUUAAUGUAUAUUGGUAAGUAUGAUUGAUUAUUAGACAUAUGGUGAGUUUUAAAUCUGAGACAUUUGAUCAUUGGGUUCUUCAAAAGCAAUAUAUGAGUACAAUAAAAUAUAUUAAAUAAAAUAUAUAUUAAUUAGGGAUGCAUUGAUAUAAACAUCUUUGUCCAAAACCAAAAAGAACAAUAUAUUUGUCCAAAUACCAAAUAUGAUUUCACUGUUUUUUCACAUCCUCAGUGGGACUGGGAAUGUGGGUGAUGGGUUUCGGGGGCAACCAAGUGCCUCCAUGCCCUAGAGUGCUCUUUAUAUUGGAAAAAUAAGAUUUUUGUGGGAACAUAUUUUUUAAAUGUGUGUCCCUAAUAAAUGAUGGUGAUGUACCUCCAGAUCGAGAAAUGUUUAUAGAGUUUCCUAAUCAGUGCCCUUCUACCCUUUAAGUAGUAAACGGUAAAACUCAAAAGUGCCUUCUGAGCCAACCCUUCCAGAGAGUGUCUUAAAGGAUGCCCUUUUUAGUAGAGAAACUGGGAUGUGUUGCCCCACGAACAGUCUAUUUUCACAUCUUGCGCCUGCACAUUUUAAAUAGAAAAGAUGCUUAGAAAUAUAUCUACACCAAUGGGCGUGAUAGUCUUGAAAUGAGGUGUGUUCAGGUACAUUUCAGCCAUAUUGCUAUUGUGGCAGAGGAAAACACAGGUGUGCCUCUGACUGAUUUGAACCCUGCCAAUGGUCAACUAUCCGAAGUUCAUUGCUAUCUUGGCAACACAGGUGGAUCGUGCGACACCUCUAUUCGUUACACACACACAUGGACAUGCGUCAGUGCACAAACCCAACUUUUAUAUUAACUUUUGCGUAAAUGACCUGCUUGCACAACUUAACGUGAACGCACAGGUUAGCUUCCUCUGCUGAAAACACAGAAGCACUGCACCAUUAAAAUAGCAAUCUUAUAAAGUCAGAGCACACCUGGCUCUUAAAGGUGCCACACUGAUUGUUUUAUUUCACUUUACGUGAUUAAUUAAGAGAAUUAGUACAUGCCUUUUGCACGUUUUAAGCCAUGCAAGGCAUAUAUCAGCAUCGUCAAGAUACCAAAACACACUGACACGCCCUAAUUCAAGUUGCACAGUGCACAGUUGAAGUAACUAUCAAUCAUAUAUUAGUAUAUUAGAUACUAGGUAUUAUGUCUUAUGGCAAUAUUUAAAAUGUUUUAAUUUCUUUGUCAUUAUUCAUUUGAUCAUUUUUCUGGUCCAGGCUUAGUUCUAAUUAAUUCUCAUAAUCAGACAGUACUGAAAACUGUCAAUAUGUUAAGCUAAUGCUGGAGAGGAGAGGUCUGUGGGAAUAGGGAUGAAAUGUUUCUUUUUUUUUUUUUAACUUGAUGUUUUACACUCAUCUGCACGUGUUCAGUGCUUUUCCUGAUCCUAUACACCAGUCUUAACGCAUACUUGAACUUUCGAGGGUUGAGUCAGGUGAAAUGAUGAGCUGAGCAGUACAGAAGCUCCUUGUCAGGAGGAAUCUGAAAUUGGUGCACUGAUGAAUUGUUUUUUUCUGAGCUGUUUGGAGAUAAUGGACUUGGAGAUGUCAGUCAAAUGGAGAAAAGAGCAAACCUCAUUUAUUCAUGUACUGUUUAUUUUGAUUCUGUUUUAUGAGCAUAAAUAUGGGGACAUUUAGAUAUAGACGUAAGAUAAGAAUUGUCAGAAUGGAUAUUAAAAUGGCAGUAAAUUAAGAAUUGAUGAUGAGCCACCUCAUGCAUACACAUGUAUUAUAUAUCAAUCUAUAUUCUUAAUAAAGAUGUAUUAUUGACUUACUGU